UAAACACAUAAAAUAUUUUGUGACGUUGCAAUUAUACAUACACACAAUAUCUGCCUCUUCAUACUGACGUUAUUGUAUUCCCUCUCGUGAGGUGCAGACCGAAAAGGAACACAGGGUGCGGGCCGGUCAUGUUCUUAUGCCCGCACAGGUUGCAGACCGGUCACCUAGUAACCUGGUUUAAUCAAACAGGCUUUGAUUCCUUUAAUUAAUUAUUAACCUUUAAAAACAAAUGUAUAUACCCAUGUUUAUUUAUUGUGUAGUGUGUGUCUGGUCUGCUGCAGACCUAAUUAUACAAAUAGAUACAAAUAGACCAAAGCUAUAAUCAACGCUGUCAUCACCUCUUCUCCAGCUUGUCGCUAGAAACUCUCCUAAAAAUUAUCACCUCCUCUUCUGAUAUUUGUCCUCAAAUCAGCAUUAUUUAUCUCCAAUGGGGUUAUUAACUGUAACCGACACUACCUUACCCAACCAGGAAGAGACCGUGACAGAGUCAACAGAGUUCGAGAGGAAUCAAAAACGGUACCAAGAACUCAUCGCUACCUUUCCUCACGAGAAAGGCUGGAGACCAAAAAAUCCCUUGAUCCAGUACGGUGGUCACUGGCUAAUGCAGCCUCGCGCUGAAGGAUGCAUGUACGCGCAAGAGUUCUUCCAAGCACGACCUAGUGACUUACUCCUCUGUAGCUACCCAAAGACAGGUACCACUUGGCUCAAAGCCCUCACUUUUGCUAUCCGCAACCGAUCUCAUUUCAACGAUUCCACAAACCCUCUCUUAAAACGUAAUCCUCACGAGCUUGUUCCUUAUAUUGAGAUCGAAUUCGCUUUCUUCCCUCACAUUGAUGUUAUCAAUAACAAAGAGAACACUCUGUUUGCCACUCAUCUCCCGCACGGAUUAUUACCCGAGUCGGUUUCAAGAUCUAGUUGUAAAAUGGUUUACAUCUGGAGAGACCCUAAAGACACUUUCAUCUCCAUGUGGAUUUUCUAUAAGAAGCAAAAGACACAGGAUGGCCCUCUCAAUAGUCUUGAGGAGUCUUUUGAUAUGUUCUGUCGAGGUUUAUCUAGCAACGGUCCUUAUCUAGAUCAUGUCUUGACGUACUGGAAAGCUUACCAAGAGAAUCCAGAUCAAAUCUUUUUCCUCAAGUAUGAGAAGAUGAGAGCUGAUCCUUUGCUGUAUGUGAAGAGACUGGCUGAGUUUAUGGGUUAUGGAUUCACAGCUGAGGAAGAGAAGGAAGGGAUUGUUGAUAAAGUUGUGAAUCUUUGUAGUUUCGAUACGUUGAAGAAUCUUGAACCCAACCAAGGGGAGAAGAAUAUGGAGAACCGUCCUUCUAGUUUUGCGAAUAGUGCGUUUUUUAGGAAGGGUGAGAUCGGAGAUUGGCAAAACUACCUGACUCGGGAGAUGGCAGCUCGAAUCGAUGGAUUGAUGGUAGAGAAAUUGAAGGGCUCCGGUUUGCUUGAAUGGUAAGUAACCGGUUCUUGUUCCGAGUGGUGAUGAUGGGAUCCAUUAUAUGUUUCUUAUACAACAGAAGUUGGCUCCUUUUUCAUUUUAAUUCCACGUGUUAAGUUAAGAAUAAAUCUUGUUUCUCGUUUUGAUUCGCUAUGUGUGAAUCUGAAUUUGCUGCUUA